AUGGCGCCUCCCAAGAAAUCAAAGAAGAGCAAGAAAGAUAGGAAAUUGAAGAAAAACUUAAGUUUGGUUCCAGUCGAGCCAAAAGCAGCAGAUUCUGACUGGUGGGAUAGUUUCUGGCAGAAGAAUUCUUCAACCCAAGAUUCUUCACUAUCCAAUGAUGAAGAGGAAGGUUUUAAGUAUUUCUUUAGGGUCUCUAAGAAGACUUUUGACUAUAUCUGUUCCCUUGUAAGAGAAGACCUUGUGUCGAGGCCGCCAUCAGGUCUCAUCAACAUAGAAGGAAGGCUUCUUAGUGUUGAGAAACAGGUUGCAAUCGCCCUGAGAAGAUUGGCAUCCGGUGAGUCUCAAGUCUCAGUGGGAGCUGCCUUUGGGGUAGGCCAGUCCACAGUUUCUCAGGUGACUUGGAGAUUCAUUGAAGCAUUGGAAGAACGUGCCAAGCACCAUCUCAAGUGGCCUGAUUCCAACAGAAUGGAAGAAAUAAAGUCCAAACUUGAAGAAGCCUUCGGAUUGCCCAAUUGUUGUGGAGCCAUAGAUGGUACACACAUCAUUAUGACCCUUCCUACCGUUCAAACAUCAGACGAUUGGUGUGACCUGGAGGACAACUACAGCAUGCUCUUGCAGGGAAUUGUUGACCAUGAGAUGAGGUUUCUUGACAUUGUAACUGGUUGGCCUGGGGGCAUGACGGUGUCUAGACUUUUAAAGUGUUCAGGAUUUUUCAAGCUCUGUGAAGGUGGACAGCGUUUGAAUGAAAAUGUUAGAACUUUAUCUGGAGGAGUAGAGAUUAGAGAAUACUUAGUUGGUGGGGUUGGCUAUCCUCUUCUUCCCUGGCUCAUAACUCCUUAUGAAAGCAAUGGCCUCCCAGCUUCCAUUUCCGCUUUCAAUGCCGUGCAUGGGGCUGCAAGGUCACUUGCAGUAACGGCAUUCUCGCAGUUAAAGGGCACUUGGAGAAUCCUUAACAAGGUCAUGUGGAGACCCGAUAAGCGGAAACUUCCAAGCAUCAUCUUGGUAUGUUGUUUACUUCACAACAUAAAAUUGACAGUGGAGAUAUAUUACAACCAGAUGUUGCUUUAUCUGGUCAUCAUGACUCGGGAUAUGGCGAACAAUGCUGUAGGCAAGUUGAUCUGUUGGGGAGGACUAUGA